CUUCCUUUGUAAUUCAAGUUCCCCUUUGUAAGUGACUCAUGUUGGUCUUUAGUGCUCAGGGUGGCCCAAGAUCAUCUAGGUGUCUCCAACAUUUACACAUUACAGGAAGUGCUGAUAUUCUCUCCAGUGGAAACUUCACCAUAUAUUUACUGAAGUGUACAGUCAUGCUGAUUUGAUCCCACAGGUCUCAAGAGCUCCUUUAACAACUGGUAAUGUAAUGGAACAGCCCUUAAGAGGGUGACGAUUCAAUCAAGGGGAAGUGGUGAAGAUUAAUCAAUGAGGAUACAAUGUCAAUUCAUGUGGUAACAGGGUGGCUCUAGCAGAGCUUUUAUUUUGAAACGGCAAGGUAAACGUAAAGGUUCCUGUUUACAUCACAGACAGGAAGAGGAUCUGCGGUGCAACAUGGCGUCCAGCAGUGGUGCAAAGAAUGACUUUCGGCGCAAGUGGGACAAAGAUGAGUACGAACAACUGGCUCAAAAGCGAAUCACAGAGGAAAGAGAGAAAAAAGAUGGCAAACCUGUCCCCCCAGUUAAACGAGAGCUCCUCCGGCACAGAGACUACAAGGUGGAUUUGGAGUCUAAGCUUGGAAAGACCAUCGUCAUCACCAAGACCACGCCACAGGCUGAGAUGGGCGGGUACUAUUGCAAUGUUUGUGAUUGUGUUGUGAAAGACUCCAUCAACUUUUUGGAUCACAUCAAUGGCAAGAAACACCAGAGGAACCUGGGAAUGUCGAUGCGAGUGGAACGCUCCUCGUUGGACCAAGUUAAAAAACGUUUCGAGAUUAAUAAAAAGAAGCUGGAGGAAAAACAGAAGGAGUACGAUUUCGAGGAGCGAAUGAAGGAAUUGCGAGAAGAGGAGGAAAAAGCAAAAGCGUACAAAAAGGAGAAGCUAAAAGAAAAGAAAAGGAAGGCGGAGGAAGACCUUAAUUUCGAAGAAGAUGAUGAAAUGGCUGCUGUAAUGGGAUUCUCAGGGUUUGGUUCCUCCAAAAAGGGCCACUGAAUACAAAUGUGUCACGUAUACCCAUGCUGAGGCCUCACCACUCUGUCCAGCUGGAGGACUGGUUAGAUUUUGUCAACUACACCGAAUGCCAUGAGAAGAUACAAAGCCAACAAAUAGUCCACUUAUUUUGCCACCGUCAGUUAUUUGACAUCUCAGUACUUGUGUAAAUCUGGUGAUUUGUUAUUCUAAUUACUUGUCCAGUCUCUUCUGUAGAUUUGGAGUUACAGAGUAAACUGAAGCAAUAUGGCAUUAUUGAAGACGUACUAAUGAAUAUUUUGUAGGUGUUGGUGUAGGUGCUGAAGGAUUAAAAGGCCAGCAUAGACUAAAACCAGGAAUUAUUUUUCGUCCUCUUCUGAAAUUUGAACGUGUAUUUGCUGAUAAAUUGUUUCAUUUUCCUUUUACAUUAAAAACCUUUUAACCUUUUCAUUUGAAUAAAUAUUUACAUGCCUUUAA